AUGUUGUUUAAAUAAAGAAAUUAUGAUAUGGCAUUGAAAUUUUAUACAAAAGCAUUAACUAUUGAUAAAGAAUAUUUAAGUGCAUUUUAAGCUAUAGCAAACUUAUAUCAAAAAUAACAAAAAUAUAAUGAAUUAUUAUAAUUCUGUGAUUAAAAUGAUAACAAUUAGUCCUGGAAAAUUAACAUUUUAUCUCUUAAAGGUAUAUUCAAUUACUAAUUCUUACAGGUUCGGCUUAUUUUGGAUUAAUGUAAUAUGAUUAAGCUUAAUAAACAUUUGAGACCAUCUUAAAUGAAGAUCAAAAUAAUAUUGAAGCUCUUUAUGAUAUUUCUAAAUGUUUGAAAGCAUAAGGCAAGCAUUCUUAAGCUCUUUAGUAUUUAGAAAAAAUUCUCUAAAAUUCUCCUAAAAAUAAAAAGUUUUUAAGUUUAAAAAUUAAUCUUUUGAUUUCCUUAUAACAAUAUUAAUUAGCAUUAUAAACAUGUGAUGAACUAUUUGAAUUGGAUGCAAAUGAUUCUUACUCAUUCUAUCUAAGAGGUUUGGCAUAUAUGAAUAUGAAAGCUUUUGGUAAUGCUAUUGAUGAUUUUGAUAAAGCUUUAAACUUUGAACUUCAUCAUACUUUUAUCCAAAAAGUAUAUAAUGCUAAAAGUAUAUAUUCAUAUUUUAUUUAAUAGUUAAAUGUCACUUAGAAUUUUAAUAAUUUUAAUAAGUUUAAGAUUCUUAUGAUUUUUUACUUGCUUUGACUAAUAGUGAUUAAGACAAAAUUAAAAUUCUUCUUGAAAAAGGUUAUUAUUAUUUAUUGUCAAAUAGUAUUGAAAAUGCUGAGAUUAAUUUUAAUAAAGCAUUAAAAUACUAAGUUUUUCAAUUGGAAACAUAACUUAAAAUAGCUAAUAAUUAUAGAGACACAAAAUAUUUUAAAUAAGCUUUAACAUAAUAUGAUAAAAUAAUUCAAACAAACUCAAAAUUUGCAAAUGCAUAUGUUGAGAAAGCUAUUUUAAUGGAUUUAUAAUAGAAUAAUUCUUAAACAAUACAUUUAUGUAACAGGGCCAUAGAACUUCAAAAAGAUUAAGCAAAACCAUUUUUUAUUAGAGGAAAAACUAAAAUGUAAACUCAACAAUAUGAUGAAGCAUUAAAAGAUUUUGAAUAAGUUGUAAGAUUGGAACCCAAUAAUCAUUAAGCUCUUUAUGAAUCUGGUCAAGCUCAAUAUAUGAUGAGUAAUUUUGACAAAGCUUGUGAAAUGUUUGAAAAGGCUUUAAUAAUAGCACCUGAUAUUGAAUAAUAUCAUAUCAAAAGGGCUCUUGCUCUUUCAUUGUAAGAUUUCGAUAGUGAAGCUAUUCAAUAUCUAAAGGAAGCUAUCCUUUAAUGUCCUUAAUUUGAGGAUUGUUAAAAUCUGAUUGAAAGUUUAGAGGCAAAACCAAAACAUGUUAGAGAAUAUACAAAUGUAUUUGUAUAUUUGAUAAUUAUGUUCUUUGAAAUAGCAGAAUAGUUGUCAAAAUAAGAAUCUUUGAUAUCAUCUAUCGAAAUAACUUCAAUCAUUUAAUUAUUAAAUCAAAAAAUGAAGGAGAAUUUCCCAAAAAUAUCUAAUUUAUUCGAAAUAGUUCGCUAUUUUAUACUCAAUAAAUUUGAGUGUGAAAUUAAAAUUAGUAAUGAAUAAAUCAUUAGAAUUAUCUUGUCUAUUUAUCAAGAGAAAUACUAUCCUGAUAAUGGAUCCAAACUAGUUAUGAUAAUGGAUAUGAUAGAUUUAGGAAAAAAGAUUGCAAGAUUAAAAGAUAGAUAAAUUAAAUCAGGUCUCAAAAUAGAAAAUUUUAAAAUUUAAUAAGAAUUUUUAAAAUUUAUUUCUAAACCUCAUCAGUCAAUCUUUAUCACAACUGCUGCUGGAUUCGCUAUAAAAGAUUCAAUUUAAAUUAUAAUAUUUUUGAUAUUGAACUAAAAAUCUAUUAAUGAUGAAUCCGCAAAUCUAAAGAACUUAAUAUAUAGUAAUGUGAAAAAUGGGGUUUUAGAUCACAUUAAACCUAAGUGA